GAGAGAGAGAGAGAGAGAGAGAGAGAGAGAGAGAGACUGAAGCGUUUCAAGUUUCAAAGUCUGGGUUUGAUCUAGGGUUUUAGACACAGAGAAAGAGAGAGCUCUCCCUUCUCGAAUUCAAAAAAUCAGUGUGAAGUAGAAAUGGCGACAGUUUCAAGGGUUUUUGGAGCUUGCAGGGUACUGAUGGCGAAGGCCGCUUCUUCCUCCGGCGUUGUUAGCAGUCGCAGACAAGGUACUGGCAUUCUCAAGGUAGUUCCCGUUUCCCAGCCGCUCGCUCAGUUUAUCGGAGAAAACGAAGUCUCCCGUACUACCGCCGUCAAGAAAAUCUGGGAGUACAUCAAGCUUAACAACCUUCAGAAUCCUGCAAACAAGAGGGAGAUUCUAUGUGAUGAGAAACUCAAGACCAUCUUCAGUGGGAAAGACUCUGUCAUGUUCCUCGAGAUUUCGAAGCAUUUGUCUCAACAUUUUCCCAAGUCUCGUUGAUUUCUCACAUUUGCGUUGUCCUUAAGACUGUUUAGUUUCUGUUACUAUAUCAUCCAAGAAACGGUUCUCUUUUUUUUUUUUGGUAUCUUCUUAUGGGUGAUCUUUAUUGGUUAUAUAAUAGACUACCGACCAGUUCCCAUCUGUCUGAGACAUUUAUGUAUCGAUGAUGAUCCAAGGUCAAUUUAGUUAAUGGUUUGCGUCUUAAAAA